AUGAAACAGUCAGCUGUAAUCUUCAUAGAGAAAGCGACGCCGGCCAGCAUAACAGAGUUUCAUGACAUAUUGUCUAAUGAUCUACUAUCUAUUAAGGAGAAGUGGUCUUUUGAAUUCAAAACCUUCCGUUUUGCAGUUAAGAACUUACCUCCUCAAGAUCCGAAGUUGAUGCACUCUAUAACUUUCACACAUAGAGGCAAUCAGACUGUGAUUAUCAAGAACAAGUCAGCUGUUGUAACUAGCUCCCCUGCGGCCGAUCCACCCCAGCAAUUGACUUUCAAUAGCUGUUCGACAGGAGCUCCUGAAUCAUUUGAUACUAUUCUUACUACUAAACUGUCAAAUCUGUGGACACAGAGACAGAGUAUUAAAGGAGAUUUCGGAAGCACCUUUCUAACCACUGAUUUGAUAAUAAGAGCGACAAACGUUUUUUCCUAUGGUGGUUUUAAGGGUUUACUGAUAGAACUGGAAUGCAACGAUGGCGCAUCAAUUUCUGAUUUCGAGAAAAGAAUCGAGCGUGUACGAAGUCACCUGUAUGGGAUUUCUCUCCGUGAGAUCAAAAUUUGUAGAGAUGUAAUGGACACUACAAAACCUAACUUCUUGUGUGACCUUGCUUACCAAUAUAUAAAAGUUUUAGAAAUAUAA